AUGAGCGGCUCCGGCAACCUCAUGGACUUUCUCGAUGAGCCCUUCCCCGACGUGGGGACAUACGAGGAUUUCCACACCAUCGACUGGCUGAGGGAGAAGUCGCGGGACACCGACAGGCACAGGAAGAUAACCAGCAGGAGCAAGGAGUCCGUGUGGGAGUUCAUCAAGGGCCUGCUGGACGCCUGGUCAGGAUGGGUGGUCAUGCUGCUUAUCGGGCUGCUGGCGGGCACCUUGGCCGGCGUCAUCGACCUGGCCGUGGACUGGAUGACCGACUUGAAGGAGGGCAUCUGCCUGUCCGCCUUCUGGUACAGCCACGAGCAGUGCUGCUGGACAUCCUCCGAGACCACGUUUGAGGACCGGGACAAGUGCCCGCUGUGGCAGAAGUGGUCGGAGCUGCUGGUGAACCGCUCCGAGGGUGCCAGCGCCUACAUCCUCAACUACCUGCUCUACGUGCUGUGGGCUCUGCUCUUCGCCUUCCUGGCCGUCUCCCUGGUGCGUGUGUUCGCGCCCUACGCCUGCGGCUCGGGGAUCCCUGAGAUCAAGACCAUUCUGAGCGGCUUCAUCAUCAGGGGCUACUUGGGCAAGUGGACGCUGCUGAUCAAGACCGUCACGCUGGUGCUGGUGGUGUCCUCAGGCCUGAGCCUCGGGAAGGAGGGGCCACUGGUGCAUGUGGCUUGUUGCUGUGGUAACUUCUUCAGCAGCCUCUUCUCCAAGUACAGCAAGAACGAGGGCAAGAGGCGCGAGGUACUUUCAGCGGCAGCUGCUGCCGGAGUCUCUGUUGCGUUCGGUGCUCCGAUUGGUGGCGUGCUUUUCAGCCUGGAGGAGGUCAGCUACUACUUUCCCCUGAAGACCCUGUGGCGGUCCUUCUUUGCGGCGCUGGUGGCGGCCUUCACGCUGCGCUCCAUCAACCCCUUUGGGAACAGCCGCCUCGUCCUCUUCUACGUGGAGUACCACACGCCCUGGUACAUGGCCGAGCUCUUCCCCUUCAUCCUUCUGGGCGUCUUCGGGGGCCUGUGGGGGACCCUCUUCAUCCGCUGCAACAUCGCCUGGUGCAGGAGGCGCAAGACUACCAGGCUGGGCAAGUAUCCGGUGCUGGAGGUCAUCGCGGUGACGGCCAUCACCGCCAUCGUCGCCUACCCCAACCCCUACACGCGCCAGAGCACGAGCGAGCUCAUCUCCGAGCUGUUCAAUGACUGCGGGGCCCUCGAGUCCUCCCAGCUCUGCGACUACAUCAACGACCCCAACAUGACCCGGCCCGUGGAUGACAUUCCUGACCGGCCAGCCGGCCGCGGGGUGUACACGGCCAUGUGGCAGCUGGCCCUGGCGCUGGUCUUCAAAAUCGUCAUUACCAUAUUCACCUUCGGCAUGAAGAUCCCAUCGGGCCUCUUCAUCCCCAGCAUGGCUGUGGGGGCCAUGGCGGGCAGGAUGGUGGGCAUCGGCGUGGAGCAGCUGGCAUACCAUCACCACGACUGGAUCAUCUUCAGGAACUGGUGCAGGCCUGGGGCAGACUGUGUCACCCCGGGACUCUACGCAAUGGUGGGAGCAGCAGCCUGCCUAGGUGGAGUGACCCGGAUGACGGUGUCCUUGGUGGUCAUCAUGUUUGAGUUGACGGGAGGUCUGGAGUACAUUGUCCCCCUCAUGGCGGCAGCCGUGACCAGCAAGUGGGUGGCCGACGCCUUCGGGAAGGAAGGCAUCUACGAGGCCCACAUCCACCUCAAUGGGUACCCGUUCCUGGACGUGAAGGAUGAGUUCACGCACCGCACGCUGGCCACCGACGUGAUGCGGCCGCGGCGGGGGGAGCCGCCGCUGGCCGUGCUCACGCAGGACAGCAUGACAGUGGAGGAUGUGGAGACACUCAUCAAGGAGACCGACUACAACGGCUUCCCCGUGGUGGUGUCCCGGGACUCCGAGCGCCUCAUCGGGUUCGCCCAGAGGAGGGAGCUGAUUCUUGCCAUAAAGAAUGCCAGGCAGAGGCAGGAGGGCAUCGUGAGCAACUCCAUCAUGUACUUCACGGAGGACCCCCCCGAGCUGCCGGCCAACAGCCCGCAGCCCCUGAAGCUGCGCCGCGUCCUGAACCUCAGCCCGUUCACGGUCACGGACCACACGCCCAUGGAGACGGUGGUGGACAUCUUCCGGAAGCUGGGGCUGCGCCAGUGCCUGGUGACGCGCAGCGGGAGACUUCUUGGCAUCAUCACAAAGAAGGAUGUUCUGAGACAUAUGGCCCAGAUGGCGAACCAGGACCCUGAAUCCAUCAUGUUUAAUUAG